CCUCCACCUCCUCCCCAAUUGUUUCCUGCGCCAAGAAGAACUGUAAAGACAUGGUCAUCACCCCGCGGCUGUGAUGAAGAGCGAGCAGUGAGACCGAGGACGUGUCAGACGAUGCUCCUGAUCUGCUGGUCCCAGUGCUGAGGGAGAUUCACAGAGCCAAACUGGUCAGUACCCACCAUGUCUUACCACCAACACUACCAGCGUGGCCCCCAGGGCCGCACCAUGAGCUCUGAGGAGAGGAGCGGCACGCCGGUCAACAAGUCCUGCACUCCAGUUCACAAGAGCGCCUCCUCAUCUUCUUCUUCCCAGCGCGAAAGCCGGCAGGAGGCCGACAGCUGGGAAAUCAUCGAAGGGUUGAAAAUCGGUCAGAGCAACGUCCAGAGGCCAGAUAAGCACGAGGGUUUCAUGUUGAAGAAGCGGAAAUGGCCCCUGAAAGGCUGGCACAAGCGUUUUUUUGUUCUGGACAACGGUAUGCUGAAGUACUCAAAAUCCCCCAUUGAUAUCCAGAGAGGCAAACUUCAUGGCAGCAUCGAUGUCGGCCUCUCCGUCAUGUCGAUCAAAAAACGGGCCCGUCGCAUCGACCUGGACACCGAGGAGCAUAUCUAUCACCUGAAGGUCAAAUCUCAAGAAAUCUUUGAUGCUUGGUUUUCCAGGUUGCGUCAUCACAGACUCUACAGACAGAAUGAGAUUGUGCGAUCUCCCCGAGACGCCACCAUUCGACCAUUUCCGCCCCCAGCUGCCAUGGAGUCUCCCCAACCUGUGGCGAGCGUGGUCAAUGAAGUGAGGCAGGCCAAGCCAAGCAGCCUUCCUUGGCAGCCGGUGGCCACCAGCAACCACAGCAAUAGCAACCUGCCUGCCUCCUACAGUAACGGCCAGAGCAAGGUGGUUGCUUGGCUGCAGGAAUCAGAGGAGAUGGACAAGUGUGCAGAGGAGCUCGCUCGAUGCCACUCGAACCUGACCGAGCUGAGCCGGUUACUGCAGAGCCUGGAGAUUCUGCAAAGGACUCAGUCAGCACCCAACUUCACAGAUAUGCAGACCAAUUGUGUAGAAUUGUCAAAGAAAGAAAAGCGCUUGAACAGAAGAUGGAGAACAAAAAGUGUCGGCAAAGACGCAAAAUUCCAGCUUCAGGUCCCUCUGUCUAGCAGCAUGUCCCCUGUCCGCCUCCACUCAUCCAAUCCCAACCUGUGUGCCGAGCUGGUGGACUUUCAGCCCCCUGUCUCCCGGCUGACAGACAGCGCCGAGUGUGCCAGCGACUACACUAAACUUCAGGAGGAAUUCUGCACCAUCGCACAGAAAGUCCACUCUCUGUUGAAGUCGUCCUUCAACACUGUGGCCAUAGAGAAAGAGAAAAUCAAACAGAUCCUGUCUGACCAGGAACAGCCGGAUCAGUCGACGCAGAUCAACUCUCUCAGGAAGUCUCUGUCACAGGCCCUGUCCCAAAACGCAGAGCUUCGAACUCGACUGAGCCGCAUCCAUUCUGAAUCUGUCCUGGCUGAACAAGUCGUCAGUGUGAACAUCAUCUCCACGGCUGAUGAGGCCGUGGAACAGAUGGGGAUCCCUCUGACUCAGCAGGCCUCUAAUGAGAGCCGACUCUCCAUGUCAGAGUCGGUCUCUGAGUUCUUUGACGCCCAGGAAGUGCUUCUGUCAGCCAGCUCGUCGGAGAAUGAGGGCUCAGACGAUGAGUCAUAUGUCAGCGAUGUGAGCGAUAACAUUUCCGAGGACAACGCCAGUGUGACUGAUAACGUCUCCAGACAAAUGGCCAACGGAGACUUUGCUGGCAGUGCCUUCCGCAAUGGGCGACGCACCUGCCUGCCGGCUCCGUGUCCCGACACCAGCAACAUCAACCUCUGGAACAUCUUGAGAAACAACAUCGGCAAAGAUCUGUCCAAAGUGUCCAUGCCAGUGGAGCUCAACGAGCCCCUCAACACCCUGCAGCGCAUGUGUGAGGAGCUGGAGUACAGCGAGCUGCUGGACAAGGCUUCAGAGACCGAGGAUCCCUUCGAACGCAUGGUUAUUGUUGCCGCUUUUGCCAUCUCAGGCUACUCAUCCACUUACUAUAGAGCAGGAAGUAAGCCAUUCAACCCUCUACUCGGAGAGACUUAUGAAUGUAUUCGUGAAGACAAGGGCUUCUGUUUUUUCUCGGAACAGAUGUGAGAUGGAAAAACAAAUUCUGGGGCAAGUCGAUGGAGAUUCUGCCAAUAGGGAGCGUGAACCUCACGAUUCCCAGGUUUGGCGAUCACUACGAGUGGAACAAAGUCACCACCUGCGUACACAACAUCCUUAGCGGACGACGGUGGAUCGAACACUACGGAGAGAUCACCAUCAGAAACACAAAGAGCAGCGCCUGCCUCUGCAAACUCACAUUUGUCAAGGGAAACUACUGGAGUUCUGCUGUGAAUGAGGUUCAAGGAUUUGUGAUGGAUCAGGAAGGGAAAGUGAUUCACAGGCUUUUUGGGAAAUGGCACGAGGGCCUUUACUGUGGCGUCCCACCUUCUGCCAAAUGCGUCUGGAGGCCAGGCUCCAUGCCCACAGACUAUGAGCUCUACUACGGCUUCACCAGGUUCGCUAUUGAACUGAAUGAGCUUUGCCCCGAGUUGAAGGAUGUUUUGCCGCGUACUGAUGCCAGAUUCAGGCCCGAUCAAAGGCAUCUUGAAGAAGGGAACUUGGAGAUGGCGUCCUCAGAGAAGCAGCGUAUAGAGGACAUGCAGAGAGCCCGGAGGAAGUGGAGCGAUGAGAACGACAUGAAACAGGAGCCGCGCUUCUUCAAGAAAGUGGUUGAUGCCAAUCACAGGGAGCGGUGGGUCUCCAACAACAUGUACUGGGAGCUGCGCAAAAACCCCGGCUUCAUCAACAUGGAAUCCACGGUGAACCUGUGGUAGCAAACGGAUAAUAUGGUCCGUCGUAUCAUCAUCACACACAGGAAGGCUGUUACCUAUGCACAAUAAGGUGUGAAGAGAAACGUGUGAAGGAUAAAACAUCAGUGUGCAUGGAGAGGAGCUGCCGCAGAGCUGAGUGACGGCCUGCUGUCCAGCGGGCCUGUCGGGGUUCUGUGGCGCCGUCCCAUGGUCAUCCACCCAUGGAAACAUCCAGUAGGAUCACCUCCAUCGUGCUUCUCCGAGCUGGGUUGUCAGGGCAACAAUCGUAACACUCCUAUGUAGAUCUUUUCCUCAGCUCCUCUGUUGUCUGAGUCUGUCCUUGCCUUAAAACGACACGUCACACGAUCAAGCGCGUUUUAGUUGAAGCCAUUGGAUUUCCGACCGCCGUUUGGGUUAGACUAGUCUCUGAGGUAGACGUUUUGAUUACCUACAAUACUGUGCAUGUUUAGAGAGCAGCUUUCACUGGCAUAAAGCCGCAUUUACUGUAUCAUCAAUUAUUGUAGAAAAAAAAAGAGGUAUUUUUAUAAAAUAUCUUGGACUCUGAAUUUAGUGAAAAAGGACUAUGUGAAUUGGCAGAUUUGAUUUAUUCUUGCCUUUUAAUACUGUUGAAUCUGUGUGAUAGCAGUACUGUCUCUCGGGAAGCAGCUCAUUUACUUUCUGAACCUGUCCCACGGUCUAAUUAAAAAACACAGUCACAUGAAACCAUUGUAUGGUUACAUAAAUACAUCCAUACAUCACACUCCCUCGACAGUCAGUGUGUCUUCUGGAUGUGGUGUAGAAAAUGUUUCAGUGAAAUAACAUAAGACGCUCUUAGAUGUUCGAUCGUCUCUGUGUCAAGGAUGUAAGAAAAGAUGGCGAUGUAGCCGGUACAGAUUCUAAUCCAUCUGAGACACUCUCUGCUUUUAAGAGAUUUCGCAGAGAAAGAUUCACAUUCACAUGACUAAUUCUUAUAGUGGAGGUAGAAAGACACUCGGUAGAAUGCAUACUGCACAUCCACCAACUGUCCCCUUAUAAAAAACACAUUUAAAUUCACUAGAUCCAGAUUUAUGUCUGAUUGUACCUUAAAAUGUUCUUGAAAUUAAAUAAGAAUUAUUGAUCCCUGAUCCAGAUCAGCACCAAAAUGUAAAGGAAUCUUCCAUGACUUAUACUACAUCCUUCCAUUAGGUUUUAGUGGAAAUUUUAUGUAACCCCUCAAAGUAACAAACUAACGAAAGCAGGCGUAAAAACAACCUCCUUGAUGGUAAUCAGGAGGGCGACUGGAGAGUGCAUUCCUCUGCCAGGCUAAUGCCCUCUCUCUGUAUAUAAAUACAUAUCUAGGUAAUGUUAUUUGUACUUGCGUCAUCCUACCAUCGAAUAAACAGUCAAUCAAAUGCAGAUUAAAAACAUGAUAAAUAUAAGAAAAAAGAAAGAUUUUAAAAUUAUUUAUUUGUGAUAAUUAAGGCAUGUACAUUAUUCCUUGAAAAAAUAACAAACACGUUGAAAAAUGCCGUGUUGGUAUGUUGAAAAGAAAACUGAUCAUGGAUCUGCCCCUUAAUCCACAUCAGAACCAAAAGUAUGAUGUUCUGAAACAAAGAAAAGUACUUAAUCCGACCAGCUAAUAUUAAUUUUGCAAAAUCGCCUACAUUAUUAUUUAGUUAUUAAAACAAUGAUUGUGAUUGAUUAAUUUAUCGCCUGCAUACAGCAAUGAAACACCAGAGACACCUAGAGGUCAUCUAAUGAAAAUGCAGCUUCAGGAAACAAGGAUAUUUAAACAAACACUCUUUACAGUAUUAAUGAAAAUACUGUACAAGCUUUAAAGCUUUUAACUUAAUGUGUCUGAUUCCCCAGAGACCCGACUGCUAUGAUGAUUCCGCAAAGCACCAGUUACUUAUUUCUGUAUUUAUUGCAAAGCCGAUUAGCUUUAACACUUUUGUGUUAUAGAGUAAGAAAAUAUAACGCAGGGUUUCAGAUUGAAAUCAACCCCAAGACCCGCGAGCGGCCGCACGUUUUCCACGUGUCCGGGAGCGCGCGUCCUCGCUCGGGACGGCGUGAAUAUAUAAAUAUGUAGAGUGAAAACUAUGUGAAGCAACUCCAUCCUGUGUGCACUGUUCACAUGGUACUGUCGAUUACAAAAACCAAAAACAUGUCACUGCUUUGCAUCCAUAGACUCUUUUCUUUACGUAUGAAUAUGUGCUUUUAAUUUGAUCCCAGGUCACAAACUCCAAUGCUACGACUCGUCAGUUUCACUCGCUGUGCCUUAACGCAUUUUAUCAAUGCCUCACAAACACACUGCUGAUGAGAAGCUCCCCCCACACACAUACACACACGCCAAGAAGAAGGUACGCCAUUAACAAAACCGACUCAGCACAUUCUCCAGUCUUCACCUGCCUGCACAUGAUCGAGUAUAUCAAGGAUUUAGCUGUUGAAUCUUUUGGGAGAGGUUAUUGAUGUUGUAGGUGGGAAAAAAGGUUUUAUGUGACGCUCGCCGUGUUCACAGAUUGUGUCCCCACUGCUCCGCUACUCAACAACAACAUGUAAUCAGUACUGUUUCGGGCGAUCACUGUAAAUACAGCACAUUUUAAAGGAAGGAGGGCGAUUCCUCCUACAUCAACUGAAUUGUUUUUAAUGAGACUGAAUCUCAGCAGUUGUGAGUGGAGGAGAAGGGCGAUGAUAAGUAGUGUUUGGAAUCAUAGUGUCAGACUGUAGUGAAACAAAAAAAGAAAUCAUGAAAUCCCUCCAUGCUUUGUUUGUCCAUUAUUCAACCUGCAUGUCAACACAACUUAGCCUGCCAAUGAAUGUUGCAGAUGCCUUAGAAAAAAGAGGUUUUUCUUUGACAAUUGGACUCUCGUGGUUUUUGGGGGUUUUGUUUCGGACUGUAUCACAAUUUUUUUUUCCAAUCCUUUAAAUCCUAAUGGGUACCUUCUAAAGUGCAAUUUUAACAAAGUACAUAUCUUUCCACGAACACCGUACACUGCUGCUACAUAGUGCUUGUUCUAAUAAAACUGUAAAACAAUUGACAAACACGUGGUUUGUAUGUAAAAGAUAUGGUCAUAAAAGUUCAUGUUCAAUAA